GGGCCGAGGGAUAACUUGGACCCACCGACUCUCGGUGUCGGGAUUUCUGAGAAAUGGCGUCCCGUCCGCGAGACCCUUCCUGCGUUAUUUACCCCCUCGUAUGGCCCGUCUUUGUGUGGGGUUUUCUCUGUCAAAUUGCCGCCGAACGACUCGAUUAUUGCUCCUUUCGGUGCAAGUUAUCAGCGUGGCUAGCUAGCGUUAGCUCCGCGGCGGCUAGCAGGAGGCGCUAGCCUUAGCAGCUAACGCUACAUCCACUUGUUCUCCGUAACAUCUCGCAGCGGAGCAAUGUCGGAGGGGUCCGUCUGUUCGGACUCUUCUUUUAUCAACAUGGGGGACGUGAGGGACGCCGAUGGACGGUGUGGUUCACCGGAGAGGCUCAGCGGGUGUUUGAUCCGCUGCAUAUGGACAUCCAGGCGGCCAUAGUGGCUUAAUAGCAAGGUUAUAAAACAUUUAUUCCUCCGCCGAAACAAAAACAACACUUUGUCAGUCUUCUACCGCAGCAAAGGCUCUCAUCUUAACCCUCCAUUUUAAGCUUCAUUUCGGGGCCCUUUGCAACGGCAUGUGAUGCUGAUGGAAGUUUAUCCGGACAACUUGGUGUCCCACCCGGGGAACAAUUACUCCAAAUUAACAGAGGUCCCGGUACCACCUGUACACACCCUACAAAGUACUUUUACAACAUGCCUGCGUAACGGCAGCCUUUUCAGGGCAGCACGGGAGGUGGAGUCCAGUUCCACAGCCAGGCGCGGCACUUUAAUGCUUCAGGUGGAUGGUUUUCCUUCUGGAGACGUUGUUAAGGCUGAUCGAUCGGCUGGCAGACUGACUGGAUCUAUGAUGGAGCUCCAGAUGUUACAGGAGGCUCUGAAGGUGGAAAUCCAGAUCCAUCAGAAACUGGUUGCCCAGAUGAAGUUGGACCCUCAGAAUGCAGAUCUGAAGAAGCAACUCCACGAACUUCAAGCCAAGAUCACGGCCCUCAGUGAGAAGCAGAAGAAGGUGGUGGAGCAGCUGAGGAAGGAGUUGUUGGUGAAAAAGGUGCCGGAUGCGAAGCUGCAGCUGCACGUCCAAACUCCUCCAGCAGGGGGUGACAUUAAGCCGGGCAACCUGCUGCAGAGCCAGCAGAUACCUGGAGGACUGCAGCAGACCCUGACGUUCACGCCGGUCCUGAAAGCCGCUGCCGAACCGCCCGGCUCAGUCCCGCUGCAUCGCCCGCCUGCUGUCGCCAUGGUAACCACGGCUAUUCCCAAACCUGACCUGCAGAACACUCCCAUCAACCUGCAGGUGGUCAGCAAGUUGACCAAUCAGAGCUCAGAGCCGGUGCGACUGGUGUCAAAGAACACCAUGGUGGUCAGGCCGAAGCCAGCCACAAACGUGCACAUUGCCCUGGCCCCUCCCCCCCCCAUGAUGGCAGCCCCCCAACUGCUCCAGAGGCCUGUCAUGCUGGCCACUAAGCUGUCGUCCUCGCUGCCCUCGGCGGCCCCCAUCCACCAGGUCCGCAUCGUCAACGGGCAGCCAUGUGGCCAGGUUGGCGCCGCUGCGCUCACGGGCAUCGUCAUCACAACGCCGGUGACCGCUGGUCCCACCCGCCACGCCAGCCCCGCCCAGGCGCUGGGCCUUACGCCCUUCCUCACCCCGACUCCCGCCAAGCCUAUCCAGAUAAGCAGUCUGAUUGCCGAGCCCAAGACUGUUAAAGCAGCUGUAGGAGGAGCAGAGCAGAAGGUUGUCAUCAGCAUCUCCUCCUCUUCCUCUCCCCCGCUGUCGCCUCCUCCUCCCAGAACCAAGAAGGAGGAGAACCCAGAGAAACUGGCCUUCAUGGUGUCUCUAGGCCUUGUGACACACGACCACCUGGAAGAGAUUCAAAGCAAAAGACAGGAACGCAAGAGGAGAACGACAGCCAACCCAGUGUACAGCGGCGCCGUGUUCGAGCCUGAGAGGAAAAAGAGUGCAGUGAGCUACCUGAACAGCCCUCUGCACCAGGGGACCAGGAAGAGAGGUCGCCCACCCAAAUACAGCAGCGUCCCGGAGCUGGGCUGCCUCACCCCGACCUCCCCCUCCAGCCCCGUCCGUCCCCUCCCCCUGCCCAGCCCCAGCUCUGGGGAUGGAGACAUCCAUGAGGAUUUCUGCACUGUGUGCAGACGCAGUGGCCAGUUGCUCAUGUGCGACACGUGUUCUCGUGUUUAUCACCUGGAGUGCCUGGAUCCGCCCCUGAAAACCAUUCCUAAAGGCAUGUGGAUCUGUCCAAAAUGUCAUGAUCAGAUCCUGAAGAAAGAAGAAGCCAUUCCAUGGCCUGGUACUUUGGCUAUUGUUCAUUCCUACAUCGCCUACAAAGAAGCUAAAGAGGAGGAGAAACAGAAGCUGAUUAAAUGGAGCGCUGAACUGAAGCUAGAGCGAGAGCAGCUGGAACAGAGAGUCAAGCAGCUCAGCAACUCUGUAACAAAAUGCAUAGAGACCAAAAACAGCAUCCUGGCCCGUCAGAAAGACAUGCAUCUCUCCCUGGAGAAGGUCAAGCACCUGAUCCGCCUCAUCCAAACCUUCAACUUCAACCGAGCUUCGGAAGAGACAGAGGUCAAGGAGGUCGGCGCCAGAGGCCGGGACAGUGCUGAGGGUCCGGCUUUCAGCUGCAGAGCCGCGCUAGGGGCCGAUUACGCAGAGAAGGCAAAGGCUGGAAGUCAUGCGACUGGCGGGGGACACCGACGGGGUCAACGCACCGGAGGACAAGGACCCCACAAUGGGUGCACAGGACACCGACAGAACGGCGGUCCAAAAAGACCACGCAGUCCCGGCGGCAAAUAAGAGCCCUGACAAAGGGGCGGAGGCAAAGGCAAAGCCUGUUGACGGGGCUGCAGAAACUACCAUCCAGGCGAAGGUGGCGGCUGGACCGGAGGCCGUGGCGGCUCCGGUGGUUGACAUUGUCGUUCCCCCCGCCAAUGCCACCAAUUCUGAGAAGAAGAUGGCUGCCGCCAACCUUCUGGAGACGGCGGUAGAGAAGCAGGAGGAUAUCACUGACGGUGACGGCAGCAACAACAAUAACAGCAGAACCUCAGAACCCUCCCAGCAUUCUUUGCCAGCUCUUGUCAGCAAUUUGGAUGACAAAAAGUGAUCCCGCCGCCCCCCCCCCCCCUUCCCUGCUGGAUUCAGAAACACAUCUAAAAAAGAAGACUUUUGCUUGCAUCGUACGGUGUCCUGAAGUUGCCAAUCUGUAUAAAUGUUGUUUGUUUGCAUUGUAUUGUCAGAAUGUGUCAAUGGUAGAUGUACAGCCCAUCUCACAUGACACUGGGCGAGGUGCCUCCACCCCUCCCCCCCGCCACACAGAGCUGGGGUACAGGAAGGCUUUUACACCAGGGCCAUCAUGCCAAUUAGUGAUAGACGUCUUUGGUGGGAAUGCUCAAAGGAAGAUUUAGUUCACCAUCACACCAGUGUGUGCCUGUGUUCUCUUGUGUGUGGUGGGGAGGGGGGCACAUGGGAUCAGAGAACAUUGAACCAAACCUCUGUCAGGGUUGCUGGUCUAUAAAGCAGUGUUGAGAUAGUGUGAGUGCUGAAAAGAGAGCCUGUGUGUCCCCUUGUCCCAAUGAACUUAAUGUGAACAACCUUCAUCCUCUGCUCUUGUUAGCGCACGCCAAACAAAAAGAGCUGAACCGGUUAGACCCCUGAAUUAAAGACCGGGUCCUACCUUCUUUGGACCUCCACGCCCCCCAACCCAAUGGACCAACAAGCGUAGAACUUCCCUACCAACAAUCCAACCUCGCCCCCCCACACCACCCUUCUCUGCAUCCAAAGUGCUGUUUGAAUAUGUCUAUUAGUUUAAGUCUUGUUUGUUUAAGACGUAUCCAAUCUUUUUAAACCUAGUUUUGUCGAGAAAGAAAACAAAAGUGAUAAUGAGGUGGUCAAAACGACAUCCUGUCCACAAUCCAAACCGACCUUCUCCCGUCCGCUGAGGAUCGAAAGCAAAUACACAGGCGGCGAUGAGUUCGGUUUAAAGUCCCGAACUUUCAAAUAAAUCUAUGAGUACAAACAAACUUAAUUUGACCUUGAGAUUAAAACCCAAACGUAUGAUUCCAGUACACCAAGAACUCUGGAACUAGCCCUCAGUCAAGAAGACAAAUGAGACCAAAUGUUCCCAACAUAACAACAAUCCCAGCUAACACCUCAAGGCAGAAAAAGGUCCCUGGAGGACGAGGCUUCACGGAUGUUUUUCCAGUGCUGUCAGUUUUUUUCAUUUGUGAGUCAAGUGUGUUGAUUGUGAGCACUAAAUGUGAAAGAUUUGCAAUAUUGCAAUGUCAACAAAACACACAGACCAUGUAUGUUCUGUGUGUUUUGUAGUAAAAGAUAGAAUAAGUGCUUUCUGUUCCUGUUCCUGAACCAUGGCAUUAUCAAAAACACACGGAAGAAAUUCCUUUUUCUCUUAACCGGUGAGCCUUUGCAUUGUGAACAUUAAUGUUGAAUCCCAAACCGCCAAAAAAACGACAAAUAUAUCCGUACCUGUUUUUCUGCUUUACGCCGUCAAAGGAGAUAUGAUCAUCUGUGUAUGUCACUCCCUCCAGGAAAUACACAAGACCACGAAUCGUACUGAUGGUUUUAUUCCGCUUGUCCACGCCGGCAUCCACCGUCAAACUAAACACACGUCACACGGCUAUUAGCUAACAUAACAAAAUUGUAUCGAACAGAAAUGACAAGACAUUAAACAAACGUACCUCACUGGCUGCACACGAUCGAGAGGGAAUGAUAACACUUGAGCUGAGGAACUACCUUGUGAGACCUACAUCUUAACAUUAUUACAACACACACCUGAGACCUUACUUUCUUCGCAUGCUUCUUGGCUGUGCGACACCAAAACAUGUCCCACCGAAACCAACCCAGCAAACAUAGUUCUCCCAAACCAAACAAACAAAUAUUCCUGAGAACAACCCACAAACAAAUAAACAUGUGCAUCAGGACAUCAUACAAAUGACACAAAAUACAUUCACGGCAGUUAAAGUGUAAAUAUAUAGGGGAGAUCCUCCUCUUCACCACAAACAUCCUGACAUGAAAGCACAAGAUCACCGCUGCCGAGCUUCUUUUGUACGUUGAUAUGGAAUCAAACAGAGUAUGCGACUUCCGUGUCGUGAUGUGACUUAUCACCACAUCGCCAAUAUUUUAAUUGGAGGAGACCCAGACCUACGGGGAGGGCUGUUGGUGUGCCAUUUUUGUUCUGGUGGGCUGAGACUUCUGGUCUUUAACAAACUGUUUUUUGUUCUGUCUUUCCUUUAUGUUGAAGUCGUCCCAAAAGCGUCCCCCCCUCCCGCCAACCAUGCUAUGCGAGCAGCGUUGAAAUAUCUCAAACAACAAUUGGAUAGAUUAUAGUGAAAGUUACUAAAGAUAUCAAAAUCUUUGUUGGCAUUUCUCCUCCGGGUGGGUUAGCAUUCUGCUAUUAGCAUGUAGCUGAGCUGUUAGCAUGGCUAUAGACUCAUGGAGCAUUACUGAGAAGGGGUGAGUAUGUGGUUAGUGACCUUGAAGUUUUUUCCGUCUGUUUUCUACGUAUCGUCAUGGACUCGUCAUAUCUGACCUAAGAUCAGCUGUACAAACUGCCUUCAUUCUGCAGAACGUUCCCACACGUUUUUUAAUCCAAUAAAUGUUCUGGACCGAACAGUCCACAACCAGAACACGUCCCCCAUGGGUCCCAUUCAUUGCCCCCCCCUUCCUCUGUACAGGAGGUACCUUGAGUGCCUUUCUUUAGACAGCAGAUAGUAUUUUGUCUCUUGACUUGCACUGUGACUUGGAGAAACCUUACUAACCCUCCAGAACCCCCCCCCCCCCGCUCUAUUCUGUCCCAAGACCCACUGACCCCCCUGACCUCUGGCUGCCCACAGUCCAUGCAGGUAGGAACUACAUUUCGUCUUGCAUCGCCAGUGCAACCACAUCGUCUUUGUCAGCAUCAAUUUUAGGAAUUUGAGCCUUAAAUGUUUUUAUUUCUUUUUUUUUUAUUCCCAAUUUUACUUUUCAAAAGAUAAAAAAGAAUCCCUGCAAAGGUCAGAGGUUGUGGUAGUCGAUGAGAUGGUCCAAAGAGGGAGGAGGAGGAGGAAGAAAUCUUGGCUCGGUGAUAGAUGUUUGGUCACUUUUGGUUUGACCAGUAUUAUUGUUAUGAUUAUUAUUAAUAUCAGAGUGUUGGUCCGGACUCUUUGACUCCCUCUGUGCCAUGCUGCUGCUGCUGCUUCUUCUUUCUAAUAAACUCUGCUAGCUUUGCUCCUGUGAACAACCAGACCGACUUGGACCCUUGAGCAGUAAGCUGGAUGGCAUGCCUUCUUAUGCAAAACUUUUAUAAUACACUUUUUAAAAAUACUUUAUUUUGUUCUUUAAACUUGAGUCACCUUUUUUUUACUUUCUUACAAAAUCUUGGUUGGAAAUAUUUUUUUCCUGACUUAACGCUCCGAGCCAGAUGUUCAGGGGCAGAAACGUCUUAAAAUCAUGUCCGAAGUGAUCCGAAGAACACAGCCAGUUCUGGAGAGGCUUUUGCAUGAGGUUAGGAGGUAGAGUUCUACGUCUGGGACGAUUCUUUGCUCCUCAGGAGCUCUGCGUCAGGUCCUGGGGGGGGUCUCGUGGGCGUGAAGAUGAAAUAGUGUUCUGUCGAGACAUUACGUCAUCCAUCCUCCCUGGAUUCAGAUAUUCACCCGAAGCUUCUUUACCUCAUCCAGGCUAAUUUUGUCAGGGGGGGUGCAGAAAAAAAAAGAAGUGUUUUUUUAAUCUUCCAUUCAGUGAGAUGCAUUGUAGCGAUAUGAAUAAAGAAAUAGUUCACCUGGUGUGCUGAAUAAGGUGUAAGUUGGGAAUUACACAAUCUAAAUAUUUGUAUAAUUGUUUGUAUUUUUUCAUAAUUAUUUUAGAAAGCAAUGUGUUUAUUUUUUUUGACUUGUGUUCUGGAUGUGUCUUCUGUUUAACCUGUCAUUGUGACUGGUCUUGUGGGAUUCUUACCUCUGUAUUGAGCCUCUUCUGGGAUGAAUUAUUUGUAUGCAGUGUUUAGGAAAUACUAUAGGGAACAUGGGGGAGGAGUUGAUAUUAGGAGCAUUUGAUCAAUUUGUAUUUAUUUAUUUUAUCAUUUUGUUAAUAAAUUGUGAAAAGCA